AUGCAUGUAACUUUUCUUCUUCUCCAUUUUAUCUCCAAAAACCAUAUCUUGAAAGUGGCUUUCUACAAAGAACAUUAGGGAAUGCUGAAAGUGUAGAGAGAAUAAUAACAGAAACUUAAGGACCUCUGAUCUUCUUUAGCCUUGCUUCACUCAGAUACUUGCCAAGAAUGCAAAUUGCUUAUCUCAAAAAAGCUUCUCUAGCUAUUUCUGCAUAUUCUCUUCUUCUUCUUCCAUUAGUAGUUUGCUCAUCUCAUGAAGAUCAUCAGUCCAAUUCCACCAGCAGUCAAAACAGCAUUAAAGACAACUUUCACAAGUUGAGUCCUCAGAUGACCUUUAAUGUUACAGUUCAUGCAGUUCUCUUAUGGUUUUCUGUGGGUCUCUUAAUGCCUGUUGGAAUACUUGUUAUCAGAAUGUCUGUUAGAGAAGAACAAGGGACAACAAGGGCCAAAGUUCUCUUCUAUUUCCAUGUAAUUUUUCAGAUAAUGUCGGUGCUUCUUGCCACAGCUGGAGCUGUGUUGUCGAUCAAAAACUUUGAGAACUCAUUCAACAACAACCACCAAAGAUUAGGCCUAGCACUUUAUGUUGCCAUCUGGGUUCAAGCCUUGACUGGAUUGUUCAGGCCUCACAGGGGAAAGAAGGAAAGAAGUGUGUGGUACAUAGUGCAUUGGAUGCUUGGAACAGUGAUAACACUAGUGGGAAUUAUUAACAUAUACACAGGACUAAAUGCAUACCACAAGAGGACUAAGAGAAGCUCAGGGCUCUGGACUAUCCUUUUCACAGCAGAGUUAUCUGUCAUAGCUGUUUACUAUCUAUUCCAAGACAAAAGAGAUUACAUACAAAGCCAAGGAGUUGUUUUAGGCAAUGAUCUCAAUCUUGCAAUCAGGCUUUUAGAUCAAGAACUUGCUCAAAGGCAAAACCAAAGGGAGUUGAUGCCUCAGCAACCAUGUGGCAAACAAAAUGCACUCAAGAAAUUGUUUGACUAACAUGGGAUUCUUUUUUGACCUUUUUAAAAACUGUCUGCGCCCAUCUUUCUCAAUUUUCUUUUGAAAUUGUGAGUGCUUUUGCAGUCACUUGCUUUGUUUUUUUAUGCAUGCCCUCUAUUAUGCUACUGUAUAGUGGUUUUUGCAAGAGUACAGUGAUGGAGUGCUUGCAUAAAAAUGGAGUAUGGACUUACCUCUUGUUAAUUAUGUGGUUUUAACUGUCAAGCUUGUGUGGGAAAUGGAUUCAGUGUACUUCUGGAAUUGUAUUAGUUACACAUACUAUUCAUGUUGUAGUCUUGUAUAAGCAUAUCAUAUAGUAUGUACACAGAUUUUAUUAUAUUAAGACGCAUGAGCAACCUUUCAGUUUGUAGUUUGUACACAGUUAUCAGUCAUCAGCAAUGCUUGAAUUUUCUCAAGUUACC